CCUCUGGCAGAGGGUGGGGGAGAAAAGGAGGCCUGGGCAGCCCAGCCCCACUGUGGGCUCAGGGCUGUGAGCACCAUGGCCUGGACUCCUCUGCUCCUCGCGCUCCUCUCUCACUGCACAGGGUCCCUCUCCCAGCAGCCUGAGGUGACUCAGCCGCCCUCCCUCUCUGCAUCCCCGGGAGCCACAGCCAGACUCACCUGCACCCUGAGGAGUGACAUCAGUGUUGGUGGUAAAUACAUAAACUGGUACCAACAGAGGCCAGGGAGCCCUCCCCGGUACCUCCUAGAAUAUAAAUCAGACUCAGAGAAGCACCAAGGCUCUGGGGUACCCAGCCGCUUCUCUGGAUCCAAAGACGCCUCAGCCAAUGCGGGGCUCCUGACCAUCUCGGGGCUGCAGCCUGAGGACGAGGCCGACUAUUACUGUAUGAUCGGGCACAGUAGUGCUUCUCACAGUGACACACACAGAUGGGGAAGUGGGACAAAAACCUGGGCCUCCCAGAGUCUUAUUUCACAGCAACUGAACCUGUUAACAUAA